UCAGGUGGAGAGCUGUGAAACAUAACCGAAACGAAUCUCAGCCGUGCUGUGAAAGUCUAACGUUAAGUUUUGUGUAAAAUGUCCAAACAAAAUUACGUGUGAAAUUCGUACAUCAAAAUUUAGUUCGUUACGCGCACACAAAGUCUAUACAUAACCACCAAACCCACCACACCAAGCGCAACUCCCCACAUCCUCAGCCUGGAUUACUGCAGAACGCGGUCUGUUGCGCAUUGAAGCAGGCAUGGCACAGCAGCAGGAGCAGCAACAGUCGCAGCAGCAGCAGCAGCAGCAGCAGUCGUCGCAGCAGCAGCAGCAGCUAUCGGAGGCGACCGCCUUGCGGCUGCUCAACAGCGUUGUGGCUGGCGCUGUCACGCCCCAAAUAUUGGCAACGCCCCACCACGUCCAGAUGCAGAAUCCAAGCGAGGCGGCCGGCACGUGUGGCAUAGCUGGGGGCAGCAACGGUGGCGGCGGCAGCGGCAGCGGCAGCGACAGCGGCGGCGGCAGCGGCAGCGACGGUUGUGUUGAUGCCACACAGCUGGGACUCGUAUUGCCAAUAUCCGGGCCGGGUCAGGCAAUGCAGGAGAGCGUCCACUCGGCCAAUGAGUUUGGCAAUUCGUGCCGCAUUUGUCGCUGGAAUCGCAGCGACAUGGAGAUCAUCAACUGUCCCUGCAAGUGCAAGGGCAGCGUGGGCUAUAUACAUCUGAAGUGCCUGAAGCGUUGGAUAAUGCACAGACGGGACAAUCGCUGCGAGAUCUGCAAUGCCACGUUCAACAUAACCGCGGAUCGGGCGAGCGUCAAGCAAAUGGUGCGCGCCUUCUGCUGCGGCCGCUGCUGCGGCAUGAUCGUGAAGCAUGUGCUGUUCAGUGCAUCGCUAAUGCCGCUCGCCCAUGUCAUACUGCAGCAGGUGCUGCAUUGCAUGGAUAAUCUAAAUCAGGGCAGCACCGAACAGCUAACGGUACAGGAGGUAUUUGUCGCCUCCUGUGCUCUGCUGACGUCCAGUGCCCUAUUCUUUCAUUUCUUUGAAUUUGUGACGACACGCUUCCUGCUCAUACGGAAUAUACUGCGACAUUGGUGGAUGUUUGGCAGCACCAAUGAUUUUGGCCUGGUGGAGGUUGAAGACGAUUCCUUUGACCUGUUUUAGGGUUAACAAAAAUAAACCACAAAAUGAAGAAGAAGAAGUAGAAGCGAGAAGAGAAGCAAGAAGAAUACAAUAACAGGCGAAAAGUAAAUCAAGGCAGGCAGCUUCUCUCUUUUGGAUGAAUUUAUCAAAUAGUAUAAUCAAAAUUGUGAAGCUUAUCAAUAAAACAAAGACUCACAGAACGGCAUUCGGUUGAAAACCAUGUGACGUUGCACUGCACUGCAAAUCGAUACGAGUGACAGGCACAGCAGCGUUACGUAUGCAGCAGCAGCCACUGAUUCAAU